AUUAAACACAUCACAAUUGGAUUAACCCAAAAAGACAAAGACCUCGGGGAAAAAAAGACAGAGAGCAAAGAAAGAGAGACGAAAAUUACAUGAUCCAUUUAUAGGAAGAUAAAGACUCUCAUCAUCAGCCGGUUACUUCUGGAUUGUUGUUACAUUCAUUUUCUAAUUGUGAUUAAUUUCCGAUCAUUCCAAGUGCUAAAUUAACCGCUUGGUAAUUUUGAUUUACUUCUAAUUGGAUUGUUAAUCAUCAGUUGACAACAAAAAGAACCAGUUACUCAAUAGUUUGGCCUGAUUGAAUCAAAUUGAAUCUUGACACAAUCUAUAUCAUCUUAAUUGUUUAAUUUGGUUUACAUUAUCAACCAAGUAAAGCAUUGGAGGAGUAGAAGAAGAUCAAAUCUAAUUGUCCAAAGUCUCUUGAAUUCUAAUCUCAUUGGUUGAUUAUCUAUUGAUUGGAAAUUUAUCUAUGAAAAGGAGGGAACCAGCUGAGAGAAUUGAUAUUUUUGUUUCUCCUCUACUAAAUAUAUAAAAUCACUUCUCUUGUGUUCCAAUUAAUUUACAUUCACUAUCUGAAUGUUAAAAGUGCCACAUAGGAUUUUACUAUUGAUAAAAAAGUGCUUCUCAUCUGACAUGUUACAAGAUUAUUAUAAUAUUAAUCGCCCCUGGUGUUAUACCAAUUCAGGAAGGAUAAGACAAAAGGAUAAUCUCAAGAGUAAAGAUGAACGAGUAAACAAUGGGACAAAUUCAAGAUUAAAAAGAGAUCAAUCUAAAAGUACCAAUGGACAAUUUGAAUUUUCCUUAAUGACGUUUAAUUGUCUCUCCCAAGAUCUAAUUGCUCGACACACCGAGAUGUAUGUCAAUUGUCCAAGAGGUUCCCUUGAUUGGCCUUUACGAAGAGACAGAUUAGCCCGUGAAUUAAGUGACUCGAAUCCCGAUAUUGUUUGUCUUCAAGAAGUUAACUAUGGUCAUCAUGGUCAAUUUUAUAAACCCUUUUUCACCAGUUUAGGUUAUUCUGGUAUCUAUAAGAAAAGAACUGGUUCCAUGUAUGAUGGAUGCGCUUUUUUUUACAAAACCUCGAAAUUCACUUUAUUGGAUAAAAUUGAAUUGGAAUUUUAUCGAUGUGAUUUAACCAGCCUUCUAAAUAGAGAUAAUAUCGCAAUAAUUGGUGUUCUCAAGCCUCUUAUCCAAUCAUCUAAUGGAACCAAUGGUUUAGAUUCUAAUCGAUUAAUUGUUGCAACAACUCACCUUCUUUUCAAUCCUUCCCGUGGUGAUGUUAAAUUAGCUCAACUACGAUUACUUUUAGCUGAAUUGGAUCAACUGAUUAAUUCAUUUAAUGAAACGGGAAAAUACAAAACCAAUGUAAUACUUUGUGGGGACAUGAAUUCAGUUCCAUAUUCACCUUUGUAUAAUUUCAUUACCACCGGUUCACUUGAUACAUCGGGCUACCAAUGUGGAGAUUUAUCUGGCCAGUUAGAAGGUACUGGACAUGGAAAACUUUUUCGACCCUCUGACCUGAAACUGGAAGGAAUUAAUCACUUAACUCGAUAUGUAUCUAAUCAAAAUGAGAAACAAUCAAAUGUAAACAAUGGAAGGAAAGAUAAUUGGAGGGAUAAUAAUACCGUAAAAUCAAAAAACGAGAAAUAUACGAGAAAAGAUUUUCUUAAAACUAACGAUAUCGAUGAGAGAACUGAUCAAAAUUCACAAUUAAUUAAGCAUAAUUUCAAAUUCUCAUCAGUUUAUCCAGCCACCGAUGUGAAUAAUUUACCAUUCAUCACAACUCACCAUGGAACUGGAUCUUGUAUGGUUGAUUAUAUUUUCUACAAUAGAUCUGAUAGCUUAGAGUUACUGGGAUACACUCGAUUAUUAAAUAGUGAACAAAUGGCUCGAAUCGGAUGUCUACCCAAUCUUUUCAUCGGAUCAGAUCAUUUAUCCCUUCAGGCUAAAUUUCUCAUAAAAGGUUAAUCAACGUUCUCAACAAUUUAACUCCAACAUUUACCCAACCAUUUUCAACCAAAUAACAAAUCAUAAAGAAGCUUUUUCCAGCCAAACUAACAAUUAACCUUUGACAAUCUAUCCAUGGAUCGAUUGAACCAUUUGCCUAAUAUUUCAUAUCUUUUUGUUUCUUGAAAAAAAAACCUUAAUUGUUGACAAUUAGUAUCUAAAUUGCUUUCACUCGAGAAAAACUCACUACCAUUAUCUGCCUAAUAUCAGCUUAUUUUGUUUAACUGACUAAUCAAAUUGAUAUAAUUAUCAUUGAUUCCGACAAUCAGAGUUAAUUAAUUAGUUAAUCUUAAAAAUUAACCUGUAACCUUUGACCUGUAAUCUUUUCAUGUACAAAAGUAACAUAAUUUUUGAUAAAUUUACAAAUAAAACAAAAAGAUUUUGUUAA